AAUGUCCACGAGCAUUUGCCAGAUUUACACCUUAUCAACGAUUUGGUGUUGUCACACUUUCCUGUCCCGCGGCACCCUGUGCCGCCAGUGCGCGCUAUGGAGGACUACUUGGCGUUCCUGCGCGUCAAUGCAGAUCAUGCAGCCACAGUGCCGGUCAAUAUCAGAGGUAGGGCCUUUCAUAGCUCAUAGCUGAUGCUGUCUGGCAUGCCACACGCUUAGGUGGAACGAACGUGUGGCUGCGCACAGGGCUCGAUCCCCACAGCUGCACAUCAACGGCGGCGGCUCUGGCACACUGGCUAAGUCCGCCUAAGGAUGGCAUGCCCGCCCGCGCUGUGAAUGAACUAGCGGUCGAUGAGCGCAUCCGCUUGGCAGCGGCAACGGCAAUGCUGGAGGGGUGCACCAAGCAGCAUGGCUCAGCACAGCUGUUUUUGUUCAGCACGGCACCCCACAAGUUCUGCGUGCUGUGCUGUGAUGGCAAGGCAGCGCUGCUGCACUCCAACCAGGAUGGCACGCGAGGAGGGAAGAAAUUCACGCUUGCCGAACACCUUGACGGUUGCAGCGGCACAAGUGUGCUCAUGACGGUUGACGAGGCAGUCGAGAUGUGUCGGCAGCUGACGGCCGCUGUGAGCGGCACGGCCGAGCACGAAGCAGUCUUCAAGAGCUACUUUGGUUCCUCUUUUUGCAAGGGGCACAGCGACGACUACUGGGCGGUCUCGUUGCCUGUAACAGUUCGCAUGUGUUGAACUGCUUUUGCAUAGAUGCUGAGACGUCUGCCAGGUUGCCAAACUGCGAAUUGUCGUCCAAGAGCGUCACAAAAGCGGCAAGGCCGGGGAGCAAAUUCUGUCUGGCUAUGCGUGCUCUUUUCCCUGUACCAUGCCGGCUACUCAUCAUCGCCUGCUACGAUUGUUCCAUUGCACAGCCAGAUUAACACUGCUUCAUUGACGCUGCUGCCUGCGGUGGUGGUAUGCAAGGUUGUUUGGUUUUGUAUUCGCGCCGCUGACGCCCCAAAUGCGAUGUAAAUCACAUACCAUA